GUGUAUGUUUGUACUGUUUCAGGUGAUCAGUAGUGUGUGAGUUCUCACAUGGCUUGUUCUGAGAACAUGUUUUUUUCUCAUUGGCCUCUUUAUGUCAGGUGUUUUGGCCUGUUUUGGCCAACGAGAUUUGAUCGCCACAAUGCCAGAUAGACUGGAUGUACUGACGGGCUCCUGUAUUCAAAUCCCAUGUUUAUUUGAUAUUCCUGACCAAAAUAAGUAUACAUUUAACAGCACAAUACUAACCUCUGGAGUGUGGAUUAAAGGAAACCCAUACUUUGGGGGCCAUCCGGACAGUGUGAUAUUUAACAGUACUGAGAUGGUCAACAGAUAUCAAGGGAAGAUAACUGGAAACAUGUCCCAGAAGAACUGCACCACAGUCGUCUUCAAUGUAACCACCAAUUACACUAAUAUAUACUUCUUCAGGAUUGAGAGUCAACCAUUCCGUGCAACAGAUCCUGAUAAGUCUGUUAAUAUAGUUGUCAGUGAUUUGCCUUCCAGUCCCAUCCUAACUGUCUCAGGUGAGGUGAAGGAAGGGACCCCUGUCAGUUUGAACUGCUCAGCUGUUGCUCCCUGUCCCGAACACCCCCCCGAGCUGACAUGGACUCUCCCAACACAGUUCACAACUGAGAACCAACUGCAGGAGAAUCCAGACCAAACCAAAUCAGUUCUCUCCACGGUGACCUUCACUCCGUCAUACCUUCAUCAUGAGAAGAACAUCACUUGUACUGCAGUCUACCCAGUAGGGACAAGCAACAAGACAGCUGAACAUAACAUGAUGCUUAACGUUUCAUUCUCUCCUAAGGACACCUCGACCUCCAUCAGUCCAGCUGAUCCAGUAUUAGUGGGCAGCUGUGUUAAUCUGACCUGCAGCAGUACAGCCAACCCUCCUGUGACAAACUUCACCUGGUUCCAGAUCAGUGGGGGUAAAACAACACAGAUAGCAUCUGGACAGAGUUACACCCUCAAUGUUACUGUUGGUAAUGGAGGACUGUACUACUGUGAAGGAAGAAAUAGUCACGGCUGUGGGAAGUCGAAUGAAGUGCAGCUGGCUAUAAAAGGUCAAGGAGAGGUUAUUGGGUUUGCAGCAGGAACUCUGGGGGCCUUUUUGCUUAUCAGUCUGAUCAGUCUUUUUGUAUGGAGGAGAAACUCGAGGCUCCACGAUGGACUUGAAAGGACAGACAGUCCACAGGGACAGAACUCCCCGGUUGGGACAGUGUGUACUAACCAGGCCACAGCCGGAGAGGAACCAGAGAAACCUGCAGAAGACCAGCCUGAAGAGAUCCAAUACGGUGACAUAGACUUCUCCAAACUACAGACCAAAGAGACCCCAGCUGCAGCCCAGGACAGGGUCCAGGGACAGGAGAGUGUGUACGCUGAAGUCAAUGUGACCGGGAGUAGGGCCCAGGAACCACCACUUAACAACCUAGAUGGGCUUUAUGCACAAGUGACUUAAUAAGUGCUUGUUAAUUAUUUUUCCAAUGUGUAUUAAGUGUUUUUAUGUACAGUAUUGUCAUUGUGUUUCUUGCUUCAUGUUUGUACUUCUGUUGCAUUAAUAAUUGUGUGCUAUUUGAUUAUCUGCAUAUUUGUAGAAUUUUCUGGGAUGAAAAGUGUUUAACUGUUACUAUAGUGUUGAUAUGAUGAUGCAGGCUACUCUUUAUUUUGGACCAUUUCUUUUGAGUGUUGAGUUCACAGAGCAUCUGUUUAAUGGGUUCCAGUAAUAGAGGAACUGCUGGGUUCAACUAGCUCACUGAAGGCAGAUUAAGACCAUAUAAAGUCAAUGAUGACUGAGGAGAAAAGACACAGUUAGUUUUUUAUUUUACCUUUAUUUUACUAGGCAAGUCAGUAAAGAACAAAUUCUUAUUUUCAAUGACGGCCUAGGAACAGUGGGUUAACUGCCUGUUCAGGGGCAGAACGACAGAUUUGUACCUUGUCAGCUCGGGGAUUUGAACUUGCAACCUUCCAGUUACUAGUCCAACGCUCUAACCACUAGGCUACCCUGCAGCCCCAGUUGGAGAGACAGUGGUCUGAUACAAGACAUGAAGUUGGUGCAGGAAGUCUACAUGACGGCAGAAUGGUGUUAACAUCUACUAGUCACUGUUUCUCUUAUUAUUUUGUGCAGUUCCCAGAAUAACAAUAAUAUCUAUUUUCAGUUUAUAUCUAUUUAGAAGUAAUUGUUUCAGUUUUUAUGUUGAGUGUUAAAUCGAAGAAACAAUUGAGACUGCAUUUCAGGUUGUUUAUUAAUUGCACUGUAAUUAAAACCUUUACAUUCAA